AGAAAGUUUUCAAAUUUCAAUACAAUAAUAUUAUUUUAUUAUACUAGUGUUCCAAAGUCCAGAUUCUUUUUAUCUUAAUAUUAACUCAUUCACUGAUUUCAAGAUCAAAUUAGCACAGCUACUAGCAUAUUAGUAAAGUUUGGGUAAUGGAUUUGAAGACAUCACAAACCCAGUAUACCAUAUCAUUAGAUGCCAUCGAUCUCAACUUUAUUCCAACCAUCAGUAAAUACAAUGGCCACGAAGUUACUCAGAUCUGGACAAAAAAAAAUCUAACAAGUAGAGACAAUGAGUACUAUGAAUUUGAAAUUAUGGAUGAAAAUGAAGACGAUGGAAAAACAAACCAAAACACAUUAACACCAUGUUAUAUUUGUAAUACAGACAUUCCAAAGAUAUUUUUUAGAGAUCAUCUAAAUAGCAACAAGCACAUAAUAUUUAAAAAAAUAAUAAAUGCUUCAUUGGACCGGAUGAAAAAAGCGGUGAGCAAUGAAAUUGUUUAUGGAGGUAUGUGCAAAGAUGAAUCUAUAUAUUUUUGUGAAUCAUGUGUCACUGUUGUAAGUACACAAGAAAAAAAUUCACAUGAAAAUUCAGCAAGGCAUAGAAAGUCCUUAGCGGUUGAUAAAAUUUUGAAUGAUUUUCUUGACAUAUAUACAGACAACAAAAAAUUUAGUGAAGGUACUGAAGAGGGAAGUAACAUAAGAAAUUGUAAAAAUUACAAUACAUUGAUAAGAAACAAUUCCGAACCUAUUGAAAAUAAUAGAAAUAAUACACCUUGCAAUCAAAGCACAAAUUACAAAAUAAAAGAGUCGACCUAUACAAAUAAUUCAGGCCAGAAUCAAUGUGAUACGCUUUCUGAAGAAAAACAAACUGCAGCAGCUGUAAAAAAUGAUAACUUAAAAUGUUUCCCAGUUAAAGAAGAUGGUCAAAAAAAAGAAGAGGUGCCUAUAUUGCCUUGUCAGGUUGUGUUACAGCGUAAAGGUUUCAAGAUCAAAUCAGCAAAGCUACUAGCACAUUAGUAAAGUUUGGAUAAUGGAUUUGAAGACAUCACAAACCCAGUAUACCAUAUCAUUAGAUGCCAUCGAUCUCAACUUUAUUCCAACCAUCAGUAAAUACAAUGGCCACGAAGUUACUCAGAUCUGGACGAAAAAAAAUCUAAAAAGUAGAGACAACGAGUACUACGAAUUUGAAAUUAUGACUGAGUUUGAAAAUGAAGAUAGUGGAAUAGCAAAACAAAACACAUUAACACCAUGUUAUAUUUGUAAUACACACAUUCCAAAGAUAUUUAUUAGAGAUCAUCUAAAUAGCAACAAACAUAAAAUAUUUAAAAAAAUAAUAAAUGCUUCAUUGGACCGGAUGAAAAAAGUAGUGAGCAAUGAAAUUGUUCAUGAAGGUAAGCGCGAGGAUGAAUCUAUAUAUUUUUGUGAAUCUUGUGUCAUUGUUGUGAAUACGCAGGAAAAAAAUUCACAUGAAAACUCAGCGAGUCAUAGAAAGUCCUUAGAAGCUGAUAAAAUUUUAAAUGACUUCCUAGAUUUAUAUAUAGACGACAAAGAAUUUAGUGAAGAUACUGACGAAGGAAAUGAAACACGAAAUUGUAACAUAUACAUUGAUAAGUACAUUAAGAAAAAUACAUUGAUAAGAAACAAUUCUGAACCUAGUAAAAAUAAUGGAAAUAACUCACCUUGCAAUCAAAGCACAAAUCAUAAAAUAAAAGAGUCGACCUAUACAAAUAUUAAUUCAAGCCACAAUCAAUGUGUUACGCUUUCUAAAGAAAUACAAACUGCAGCAUUGCCUGUAAAAAAUGAUAACUUAAAAUGUUUCCCAGUUAAAGAAGGUGGUCAAAAGAAAGAAGAGAUACCUACAUUGCCUUGUCAGGUUGUGUUAAAGCGUAAAGGUACCCACAUUAAAGGUAAUUCCUUCUAUUGUGCUAUUUGCAACAUGUAUGUACCUAAUUAUAAUUAUAACAUAUACAUUCAUCUUAUAACAGCUAAGCAUAUUAAUAAUGCAACAAAGCAAGCAAAAGAAGAACUAAUUGAUGUACAUUAUCACAUGGAUCUAACAAAAUUCCCUCAAUUACAGUGUUUUGUUUGUAAAAAAUCACUGCCACUGAAUAACACUCAUAAUGUUACCGCACAUACUCUAGGAUCUUUACAUCAACAAAAUCACAAACUGAUGCUUAGCAAUAAUAAAAUAAUAUUCAGAAAUGGUAAAUAUUCCUGUAAUGUUUGUCAUGUGGUUAUAGAUCCUAUGCAUGAAAUAAUUCAUUGCCAAAGAAGUUCCCAUUUAGGAAAACUACCCGUGUGUAAAAUUGUAAAAGACACAACUUUAAGUAAUGUUAGCCAAGAGGAUCAUAAAAUAAGGAGAUAUUUGUUAAAAAAUGAUCUUAAACAACAACUCUGCCUCGUGUGUAAUGUCAAAGUACCAAAAGGCACCAAUAAUGUUGACUCUCAUUUGACUGGAAGAGUUCAUAAUGAAAAAUACAACACAAUAUUGAGGGAGAACAAAAUUCGUUCUCAGGGCAAAAACUUUAAGUGUGCACUGUGUGAUGUUAUUGUUCCUACUGGCGGUGAAAUACAACACAUACAAACAGCAACUCACAAAAGAAGCACCUUCAAAAUCAAGUAGCAGUAUUUUAUGAAAGAUAAUAACUAAUAAGCUACGGACUCAUCUACUAAAAAUGAUGGUUCUGAUUUAAAAGUUUGCCUCAUGUGCUAUGUGCGUUUUCAAUGAAUACCAAUAAUAUUGUAUCUCAUUUGACUAAAAGGGUCUCUCGCUUUUUACCUUGCGAUGUAAACUAUUUAACUAUUAUCUAUAUUGAUAUUCUAUAAGGUAAAAUCUUGCAGCU